AAAAAUCAAAAAUCAAAAAUCAGAUCUUUCCUCUCAUCUCUCCCUCCUCCCUUCUCCCUUCUCCUCUCUUCUAGAGCGAAGGUCAGUCACGUACUUGAGGAAUCUCUGAUUCUUCUCCUGGUGAGAGUCUAGAGGCUCGGAGAAUCUUAAAGCUUAGGGCUUUACUGCCCGUAUCGAAAAAAAAAUGGGGAAUCACUCGGAGAGUUUCGAUAUCAAAGAUCUAAUCUCAUACGGAGACGAUUUGAUCAGCUUACUGAACGCUAAGAACGGGUUCAACGUCGUAUCGCAAAGCUUCGAGGACUUGAAAGCUCUCCGUUUUCGUUGCGACGAGGAUUUCAAUCAGACACAGAGAUCUAUCCAAGAUUGUAAGAAGAAGCUCGCUGCAUGCAAGAAGAAAACAGAGGAAGCUUGUUCAGAUGUUUCGGGUGGAGACGAUGACUUGGAGCGUCUUCAGAAGGAACUUGACGAGGAGAUGGAGCUAGAGUGCAAGCUCAAAGACGAGCUUAGAGUCGUCGCUGAUGAACUCAAAGACCUGAAUGCACAAUUGACAUCUGUUGAUGAACAGAGGCAAUCUAUUAAGAGAAAAGAGCGUGACGACUUGAGAGCUGAGAAAAAGCUCUCUAUGUAUGCUUCUGUCACAAAAGUUAUACCAACCGUUGAGGAUCCAUCCAAGAUCUCAGGAUAUAUGGUAGAUCGCGAGAAAAAGGUAAUUGAGAAGUUCCAGUUCGAGACAAAUAAGAUGACGGCUUAUGAGACAUGCAACUGUAUCUGGAGCAUCAUUAACAAGCAAUAGAAAGAGAAAUGGCAUGAGUUCAUUUGUUUGAUGCGUCUGAAUAGAUUUGGUUUUUAGCUUAGCAACCAAAAACCUCUGUACCACCCCAUCCCCAUCUAGUGAAUAGUUUUUGGUUUCAGCUUAGCAACCAAAACCUCUGUACCACCACCCCAUCUACGGUUCCUUAGAUGUAAACCCCCAUCCUGCUUAGUUUUUUUUCGUUGCCCUUUUUGUAAUUUGAUUAUGAAUAUUCUUCUCCUGUAACAUCAUCAUCAGUUCGUCAUCUAUGAAAAUUUCCCUUGCAAGUUUCA